ACCACAGCAACGCCUCUCAAGCCCAGUCCAGUUCUUUCAAUGGCCCCACCCCUUCCAGCUCCAUCGUUUGCGCCCAAACAACUCCACGUCUACAAAUGACAAUUCACCCGGAAGUAUUCUUUAUCGGCACACGGUGGACGCCUAUUGCUUCCGGGUGCUUGCAACACUUCCCCCCCCCUUUUCCCGGCCACGCCACAGGUAGAAACCGGCUCAGGCAGGUGUUGGUUGUCCUAAACGGCCGCGGUUUGCAGGGCACUUACCUUUGAAUACCUGUCAAAGAGAUGAUGUUGAGUGGCAGGCGGGGACUUGGUACUUUGGCGGGACUGUGGGGGCUGCUGCUGUUGCUGAACCUGGAUUGCGCCGUGCGCGCCUCGGAGAUCACGUUUGAGUUGCCAGAUAAUGCCAAGCAGUGCUUCUAUGAGGAGAUUAUGCAGGGCGUCAAGUGCACCCUGGAGUUCCAGGUGAUCACCGGAGGACACUAUGAUGUUGACUGUCGCUUAGAAGAUCCAGAUGGCAUUGUGUUAUACAAAGAGAUGAAGAAACAGUAUGAUAGUUUUACUUUUACUGCACCCAGAAAUGGAACAUAUAAAUUUUGUUUCAGCAAUGAGUUUUCUACCUUCACACACAAAACGGUGUACUUCGACUUCCAGGUUGGAGAUGAUCCACCGCUGUUUCCUAGUGAAAACAGAGUCACUGCACUUACUCAGAUGGAAUCUGCAUGUGUUGCAAUUCAUGAAGCUUUAAAAUCUGUCAUUGAUCAUCAGACUCAUUUUCGACUAAGAGAAGCCCAAGGCCGCAGCAGAGCAGAAGAUUUAAACACACGGGUGGCUUAUUGGUCAGUAGGAGAAGCUAUCAUUCUUCUUGUAGUUAGCAUUGGGCAGGUAUUUCUUCUCAAAAGCUUCUUCUCAGACAAAAGAACCACCACUACCCGUGUUGGAUCAUAACUCAUGUUGAGAAAAUACUUCAAAUCCAUUGUUCCUUUGUAAAAUACUGUUCUUCAAAUAAUUUCUAGUUACAGAGCAAUUAAACAUUGAAAACAUUUUAAAUAUGUUUAGCCUUCUCUCUCUACUUAAAGUUGCAAAAUACAUGUUCCCCAAAAGCUGUGGAAAAAUGCAGCUUUUUAUUUGUAAUAUAUGGAUUUUGUCUUGUCUAUGUCUGCAAAGAUUUAACUUAAGGUUGCACCAUUUUUUUAAAAAGUAUGAGACGACAUGGGAGUAUAAUGAUUUAAAACAUUCUUCAAAAUGUUGAUUGGGGAGCAUCCAUAUGAAAAGUGGAUGGCAGUCUGAUUUCUCAAGUAAAAAGUUAUGAGAAUAAAAAAAACAAUGAUUAAUUGUAGUCUCAAAGCCAUGUACUGCACUGUUUUGAUUUUUCUAUGACAAUGCCGGUCACAUUUUCUUGUAUUUUCUUGUUUUACUGAACCAAAUUUAAAACUGAGUAUCCUGGGAAAUCCAGUUCUCUGUACUUGGAAAAUGUUUAUCUAGUUGAUUUGCAUUUUUCUUUUAAAUAAAUGGGGAGAAUAUCUUGUAAUUCUCAGAAUUAUUCAAGCUGAGGUACUGCUGAUUUGAAGAACUGAAAUUUACUGGCAGAUCCACAAAUAGUCUGAGUCACCCAUUCCCACUUGACAUCAAUAACACUGAGCUAAGCACAAGUGGACUGGGAUAAAUGAUUUUAUCUGAGCAUAAGUUUGCUUUCAGUAUAAUAUAUUAGUCCCAUGUUCUCUGGGACCAGGUUUGAAAUAUGUGGUUUGUGGAUUAUAACCUUAAAAAUGGCUUAUUAAGCAGCAUCUGUAUAACCACCCAGCAUGGCUGUAUAAGUUUAAUAUAUCUCCUUUUGAAGCCUUUAAAUUAACUGCUGGAAAUCUAGUUUUCAUGGAUGUAAUACACUAAUUUGUUGCUUUGUGCCACUUUUGAGCUGGAGAGCCUCCUUGUGUGGUGGUUUACAAUCUUCUUGGUAAUUUGGAUUUUCUUAGCUUGUAUCAAUCACUUGCUCAUGGCUAGCAUAUACUGGGUAUUUGAGAUGAUAUAUUGUACUGUAGUUACAAGCAAUCAAAGUAACAUUAAUAGUACCAUCCUAGUGAUAAACACAUCUGUUUGAAAGUACGUCUCAGGGCUAAAUUAGUUCUUGUUUUGGAAAAGUUGGGUUCCAAUUCCCUGCAGCCAAUCAGUGCAGGAAAGUGGCUCGGAGGAAGGCAGUAGCACUUCCUGUAUACAUCUUGGCACUCCCAAGACCAAACAGGCUUUCUUUCUUUUUUAAAAGAGCUACCACAUGCAGCUCCUGUGUGGCUAUGGGGAACCCAGACCCAAUUCUUUAAAAACAUAAAUAUGUAGUUUGGCCCUCACAGACUUCAAGGGAGUUUGUAUGUAUAUUUUGGAAUACAGAAGGCAGCUUGUAUCAAGGAAAAAAAAUAGAAACUUGACUUGCAGUGUUGGCAAACAUAUGAGUACCACUGAAGCUAAUGAUCACAGAAGCACAUUUUGUAUUGAAUUUUCUAGCAAAGCUGCUUCACUGUUUUGCAAUUGUAGGUAUGCUAUCAAUCCCAGAAAAAUGUGUUAUACACAUCCCUGUAUGAACCUGGACCAUUGUGUCAAAUGUAAAUGCUGGUGGUUGUAACAAGGGGAGAGUUAGAUUUACCUUCAUAUUGAGCAGUUUGGCUUUGAACCAUUGCUGAUGAAUCUGAAGAUUCUUAGUUUGUUUAGUUGUUGAGUAUGUUAGUGUCCCCUUAAUUACUUUGUGUGCAUGAGAAAGAGAGGCUUUUUAAAAAGAAAAUGAAACCUAUAAAAUUGUGUGUUUUAGGGGCAGAGGAGACCUGUAAAUGAUUAAAGCCCCAUACAAGUAACUCAGUUUGUGAUGUUUUUGACUGUUGCACUUCAGCUGUGUGAUUUUUUUUUACUGUUGCACUUCAGCUUGGAUAAAAUAAACUUGACUCCCCACUUAUCAUAUUAGGUUUUUAUUUUAUGUCAUUAAUUAUGCAGGUUAAGUAAGACUAUAAAAUAAACCUAUUAUUGCUGGAGACUAACUCUUGCAGCUUCAUUACUACUGAGAAAUAUUUAUGAGUCUUACAAAACUAAAGUGAAAAGAAAUAAAUGGUUGGUAUGUUACCAAUACUGGUUAGGGGAUUUGGCUAUAAAGAGGGAAGAUCUUGUGAAAACGUAUCUGUUCAGAUUAAAGCUGAAAACUACUAACAUCCCAAAUUGAUUUCAUUAUGCUCUGAUAUUAGGUACAUUCAGACAACCAAGGGCCAUGAAGUUGCCAGUUAAAACUAUACUACAUUGUGCCUGUAAAAAAAAUGAGAAGUAGCUUUCUCUAGUCUCUAGCCAAGCGGCAAAGCUCAUAGACUCUUCAGGUUUCUAAACAGUAAAGUUGUGACUAGCCAUAUUGUUACAGACUAUGGAUAAAGAAAGCCACAUGGUUAGAGUCUACAUAUGACUCCCUCAUGCAGUUACAAGUACGGUAAUAAGUGGUUGCUGUUUGGCCGCUAGUUAUCUGAACGAAACUUUACUAUAUGUUGAACUGUGCGUGAACUCUGCUUUGUAAUUUCUCCUUCUAGUAAUGUUAAUAUAUAUGGGGCUGCUUGGUGGAUCUGCUAUAGUGGGUUUGUGACACUAGCUCUUAAACUAGUUGUGUUCCACCUAUCUUUCUGGGCAGCACAUUUUAAAAAAAGUAUCUUUCAUACUUCACAUGAAUUCCAAGUCACUUGAUUGGGUAGUAGGGGUUAAUAGGCACACAGGAAAAUGGAUAUAAAAGUAGUUUUUAAAAUGCUGUAAAAACUGUACAAUUGUUCAAACAAAACCUGUGGCAUACUUUUGAGGUUGAAGUAAUAAUCACCAACAAAAUAUGUUUUAAGUCUACAUGUGUUUCAUGAUGUUAAAGUCUAAGACCUGAUAUAAUUUGCAACCUUUUUCUUACUGACACUAAGUUGGCCCUGUGAACAUUAUAUGAGAAAAUAAAAUUAAUAUAAAGUUC